GUUCUCCGCUUUGAAUUUGAGGACCUUGGUUUUCCCUUUGUGUAUGCUGAGGCCUACUGAUGCAGAGACUGCUGCUACAUGCCGCCGCCUUUUCCAUCUCUCUUGCUUUCGCUACCCACCAGUGUUCGCGAUCAUUGCGUAGGCUUCUUGUCAGCCUGCGCUUAAGCUGACUCUGCUCUUCAUCAUGUUGAGAGCCAGAUGGAAUUAGUUUUCGAGCAUCUACCAGUGCGGUAGAUGCUGCUGAGAUCCAGUGUUUCUUCCUAACCUUAUGGUUCACUUUACUAGAAAAUAUCACUGCUGUUUCCACAGCUUUUCGGAUAUCAUUCCAAGAUGCCUCGGGGUGGGUAUCACAUACAUGGCUGCCUAACUGUUUUUCUAGUUGUUCCUGAAAUAUAUUCUUAGCUUGACUAUCAUUAAGCAGGAUCAUAAGAGGUUUCCUUGCAGUGUCUUUCCUACGUCCAGUAAGAUGCAGACAGAUAUGCGCCCGCACUAGAGCUUGAUCUGAAUCCAGGCAUGUGCUCUAAAAUAAGUGACAGUCUUCUAUGGAACCCCUCCAUCGGUGGCUGAUAGCGAUGUGAUGUAUUGAGGUCCAACGUUGUGACGAAUUAGGGGGUUGCCGUGUCAAAAAAGAUGUUUUUCCUAAUGCUUAAAGUUAGUAUUUGCAAGGAACAAGCGGUUAUCUGAGCAUAGCUGCAACGGACGGUCGCCAUUAUCUGUUCUUUGAGCCACGACACCAUAAGAUCCGCCCAGGUGUCUUUCCCUUUCGCUUAGUUUACCUACUUGAGCAUUAAAGUCCCCAGCCACUAUUACUACAUCAAGACGCCUAGGUUUUCGGAGAAGGUCGGUAAGCUUUCUGUAAGAUUCGUCUUUUACAUCAUCUGAGCUACAGUCAGUGGGAGAGUAGGCAGAGACGAUGAAGAGGCAACGACGUGUGUCCCUAUCUUUCCGAGUCCUUACUGUUCCGUUUAGUCGGACAGCGCACAAACAGCUGUCUACUGAGAUCCAGACUAAGAGAGCUAGUUCUGCCCUAGGACUCAAUGCUAUACCUACGACGGCGAUGCCACGGGAAGCAGCAUUAGGGCUUCCAGGUACACGAAGUGUGGAUCGAGUUGGUUCUUUAUUUUGAUAUGGUGAGGUCAAAUGAAUGGCGCCACUUGGAUCCUGUAUGCGCGUUUCAGAGUCGCAGCACAUGUCGGUGGCGCGAGAUUCUAAAAUCCUAGUUAAGGAAGCCUGUUGUCCUAUUUGGCAUAGUGUUCGGACGUUAAAAGCUCCUACAUGUAGUUUAGAGUGUGGUUUCAGGAGACCAGGAGUAACGUCCCGCGUACUCGAAUCGUUUGCAGUAGAGGCGCGGGAUGAUAAGGGAACGUAUGAAGGGUUAGUAGUGGAGAUAACAGAGUUAUUAGGAGGCGUAGGAAGUAUUUGAUUCUGAUCAACAUGGUCUCGUGUGCUUUACGGGUGUGAGGGCUGAUGUCACUUCCCGGCUGCCCACACAGUGAAAGGGUAUUUCUUGAGGAACCUGAAAACGAAGUUGGAUUAAUGUUGGCCUUAACGACCUGGGAGCGUGACCGCAGAGCCCAAGGGACAACUGCUUGAGGCCGGUCGCGCACGGCCUUUUUGUGAGAGGUUUACGACGUGUUAGCUCCGUUCUUCAAGAGGGCCUCACCGCCGGAGACGGGAAUCCGUGAGGUAAGGUGAGGUGUGACAUUUUUAGAGUCGACUUUUUCUAACCCUUCUUUCCUUGCGAGAAAACAGCAUCGCUGCAGAUGCUGGUUGCCUGAGGGAAGCACCUUACUGCUGUCACACCCCUCUACAACCAGCAGUACGACUUCGCCCUCAGACCUCGAGUUGCUUCUUUUAGUCUUACCGUUCUCCAAUCGACCUGUCUUGCAUGGUAGAACCUAAACGAACACAUGUUCCAACCAAUAUAGCUCGGUUGGGCCAUCACGAUAGGGAAGCCCUAUCACCACGUCAAGGUAGCAGCUACGGUCGUGAAGAAUAGUCAUGACUAUUCUUUACCAGUAAACCAAGCUGUUUUCUGGAUUUUUUUACACAAAAUUGUGAAUUAACUUAUAAAAUUAAUGCUUAUGGGGGAGAUUAAGAGCCUUGAUCAUGGAUUCCUUUUGCUUUGUCUCAUAGUACUUGUUGGUCUUUGUUUAUAAAAAUUGGUAUGUUUUUAUAAAGUUAAUGUAGUGUUCAUAGUGUUCUCAAUUGUACAUAUGACGCUAAAAGCACAUAAUCUUUUUUCGCUACUAAAUAGGAACACUCCACGAAGACUGUUACAACUGAAGUUCUGAAUUUAUUCGGCCAUAUGUUGCCAGCAAUUUUUCCUUUUAAGCUGGUUGGUGUAAUGCAAGAGUUAAUUAAAACUGCAACUGAUUCUGGCACUGAAUUAGCUGCUCAUCAAUAUCUUAUAGUGUGUCUAAUAUUUGUUCACGCUGUAAUACUGCAAGUAAUCAUUAUUUUACUCAAAAUAUUAAUCUCAUAUCAUUUAUCUAAUGUCUUUCCACAUCCUAAUGUACUGAUUCACUGAACUAUUGAGGUCAUUGCUUCCUUAAAGUGUGUUGGGGUUUCUUUAUUGAAGACAUGAGAGAAAUGAUUGUGUCAUUUAUUCUUCACUAUCAUUUAAAAUGAUUGUUUGUUAACUUCAUUGAUUAAUACAUAUCAGUUUGAGUCAAUACGACUUUUUUAUAUUUCAAGUACAUUAUCACAUGCUAUUACUAUUUUAUUUAUAUUUCUUUUGUUCCUAUUCACUCAUAAACAUAUCUUCUUCCUUGAAAACAGGAGUUGUUUGAAUGACUUUCGUUUUUAGUGAUUUAUGUGUUGAGCAACUUACAUUUUUCUCAACUUAGUUUUUCAAUAUACCAUAAGUAAUGUUACAAUCAAGCGAAUGCUAACGUUUAUUUUGGGAUUAGGUAACAGAUUAUGUUGGUUUUUACGUUGUUUGACUAAGACAGAUGUUCAUUAUGCUGUGUUUUAGUUGUAGAUUGUUCAGAAUCUAAUGUAAUUUCCGUAAUCCUUAGAAGUUAUGCGUCAUGUGUUAUUUUAAUUAUAUGAACUGAAAAGCUGAAUAUGACUCCGGUUUUGUCUUAGUAAAUCAUGGAUUUAGUUAAGUUAAGUUCUGUUUGCAACAUAAUAAUGUAUUCUUUGUUGUCCAUGUUUUGAUAAUUAACCUUCAGAUGUUUGAGAUAAUUGAUAUUCAAGAUGUUUGGUUUCUCUUCAUAUACCAAUUAAUAUAAUUUCUCGAUCCGAAGAAAACAUCUUAGGUUUUUGUAGGUUAAUAAAGUAAUGAACACAACUACGAAUAUGAAUAUCAAUAAAAAGACCACUUUUGCUCGCUCUCGUUACCUACCUAAAUGUCCAUCGUAAGUACCUAAUUACAAAUUCAUUUCACAACUCCUUAUUCCUCUCUUCCGUUUUAUCUUCAUUCCGUGUUUACUUUUAUUUUCCAACAUGUCCUAUCUACUCGAACUCAAUUCACUAACUGGUUAGAAGUCGACUGCUACUACCGAAUACGGAUCCUUAACCAGUCUUUCUGAAGCUACGUGAAUCACUCAAACUAACUCCUUCAACGUCCGCACACUAAUGUAGAUCAGACAAUAGUUAAGGUUGGCUAUGUCUUCGAAGCGUCUCAAUAUCUAUGUUUGUUGUCUAUCCGAUACCUGUAGUUAAGACCAGCAGCGUUCCGCGAAUUCACUCUCCAUAUGUUGGUUCGACAGGCUUAUUUCACAUGCAUUUAUCUGGGGACUAAGAGGUAUCUUCAUCCGGUUUGGCUGGCGUUGGUGUCUCAUUAAGCACCAUAGCAAAGGCAGCACUAAUCGAUUGGACCUCUCCAAAUGGUCGAUUAUCUGCCGUUAGAUCCAAAAGCUCUAUCAAAAUGCGAAGAGACCGGUGUGAGAAACUGUCUGUUCGUUAUCGCAGCCUACAUCCCGACAGAUCACAACCUGGAAUCAACCAAAGAUGAGCCCUACCACCAGUUAAGCAAUCUCCGAGGAGCGUGUUCGGUAGAUACUGAGGUGUUAGCCGGAGAUGUAAGUGCACAGGUGGCGGUUCUAGACGCAGAAGAGUCGUUUGGAUAGCCAAGGCCGAAUCGUUGGUCGCAAGUCAGAUAACGGUGACCUACACCUGUAGCUAUAUGCAGACCACAACCUGUCUAUGGCCACUACUAACUUUCGGGACAGUCAUUGCUAAUGCGCUACCUGGAGUCCCCCCUCUGCAUCUCAGCAUUGGACUCAGUUUGAUGACAUCGCGAUCAGCUACCGCAGGCGUGGUCGUGUAAAAGACUGCCGCUCCUAUUGGAGCACCUACCUGGAAUCCAAUCAUGCCCUCGUUUGCGAAAAUCUUACGUUCUAUUGGCCAAGUUCAUCAAAUGGAUUGUUGUAAACAAGCCGGCUUCAGCUUCCGUUCCAGUCAAAUAUCGAACUGAGCUAUGUGCAAGGCUAGUUAUCAACUUACGAAAAUUUAUAGAUGAGCACUGGCUGUAUUCGCAUGACGCAACAAAAAGUGGUGAUUAAAGUUGUUCGAGGUUUAAAUAGGCUCCUUAUAACUCCUUGAGGCGAAUCGGUCUACUCCCACUAACCACGAGUUUGAGAUGGGACCUUACAUGAAGAAAUCGUGCUAAUUUUGCGUAAGGAUCGAGAAGCCUGGUGGUUGGAGCGUGCUAUCUAGUCGAAAGAAGCGUUUGCAUCUGAUAACUACCGGAAGCUCUUCCAACUCGUCCGAACCACUGGCAGCAAGAAAUGCUGUGUGAGGGAAAUAACAUAUGAAGCUGAUAGGGUGCCAAUCAAUAUCACCCACCAGUGUCUUAGGAGAUGGACUUAGUUCUUCAAGGAGCAGUUCAGGUCGUCUGCUGCUUUGGCGGAAUCGGUCAGACCGUCUUGUCCUCCAUUGCCAACGACGACUGAUUCUCCUAACGAUUCAGAAGUUUUCAUGGAACUCCAGCAUUAUUAUUAUUGAUGGCUUUAUUCAAUAUCAUAUUUUGGUACAAUAUAGAAUUCUCAGCAUCCGAAUAACAUUGUCAUAAAACCCAGAAGAUUUACUUUCAGGCCUUUUUAAGGACGGUCGAGAACCUCUAGUCAUGAAACUGACUAGAUUGUUUCGAAGUGUUUGGGAAUUAGAAUGUUUCGAUAUCCUGGAAUUAAGCGACAGUUCCCUAACUUUAGAAUGGCUCACGUCAUCUGCGCAACAACUAUUGGACGGUAAGUCUACUUCCAAUCGGGUCCAAAUUAUCGACAUAUUAUUCAGAACCCUCGAAUGAUUGAUUCGAGAGGAACAGGUUAGUUUUGUUCUGGUUGAGGAUGUGUUGAUCAUAUGUUCAUGCUCCGCUAAAUGUCAGAUCACCGUCGUACUUAUUGAAGGCGAAGCAUCGUUUUUUCCCCGAUAUCAGGGUCGCCUUUUAUUCAUUGAACAGCACUGUCCUCUGUUAUUGUUUGUCGAAAAAGGGUGUGCUUGUGAAGCUCAUUAACAUAUUGAAGACACUGUGUAGAAUCACCUCAGUCAGUGUGAAAGCAUGCAACUACCUCUCCACCUAACUCCAUCCGAGUAGUUGGGUUAGUCAGAGUUGCCCGAUCUCAUUAUUCAUGUCCAACUCUGCCUAAAGUCACAUUCUGAAAACAGCUCUGAUAGAAGUAUGUAGUGGUGAUGCGUAUCUGUUACCUGAAGAAAGACUCUUCCACGUUGAGUAUGCGGAUGAUGUAGUCUUACUGUGCGAGGAUAUCUAUGCCAUGCGAUCCGCACUUGGUUGGAAGUGUCCGUAGGUAUGGUACGUGCUCUGCACCUAAGUGCAAAACACAUCUACGGGACUGACAGGAGCCUGUACCUGCACUCACUCUUGGGAGUGGGCGGUUAGAUGUAGUCGAGAAGUCCGUGAAUUCGGGUAGCUGUUUAAGUUCAGGUGAUGAUACUAAUUUACGUAUAGUGAAAUACAGAGUGGCUUAUCUCAAACUGGGGCAUCUCUGGUGCCUUCGCGAUGUUGGUCUUGUUGUAAAAGGUCGAGUUUACAACGCGUUCUGCUGUAUGGUUGUGAAACCUGGCUUCCGAGUUGAGGAUCUUAAGUGAUUAUCGUUGUCUCUAAAGAUUUCUGACAUUCAGUGGCAACACCAUGCUAGGAACACAGAAGUUCGGGGAUGUGUGUUCGAUUGUAGUGACAACAAUCCGAUUGGUGUCACCAUCUUGAAACAGCGACUUUAGUGGCCUGGAUAUGCAUUACGAAUGUCGUCCCAUGUCGUGCAUCAUUUGCCAACGCUGAGACUUGUUGGGGAAAGCGGAGGUGUGGUCGGUGUAUGACAUGGUGUCGCAGUAUGAAGUAAUACUCUACAGGACUAUCGUGCUUUUCCAAACCGAUACCGUUGACGAAGCUGCUUAACAAUUGUUUCGUCGUAAUUUGGGACUUCUGACCAUGUACACCAUUAACUGAAGCUAGGAGUCAUCGGCCAUCAGGAUUCAUCUCCUUCUCUCAAACCUUCUGAAAUUGGAUGUUUAAAAGUCUGAAAUCAAGAUUAAUCGUACACUUAUAAUUUUUAAUAAAACAUAUCUUCAAAAUAGUUGACUAUGCAAAACAACCAUCUUUUAGUAACAAUAAAUCUUCUGUGAAUGAAACUUUGAGGUACACUAACGUUAGUACCUUUAGAACCAAUAAAUGUUUUUGCUCCCAGUCGAAUACGAUUAAUCCCGCUUUCUUAACCUCUAUGUACUGUAAAUGACCAACGUUUAUUUAAUUAAAGUUUCAGUUCGUGGUUUAACUUCACUCCAAGAUUUCGUACACUCGGUACACUUCAAUUCAUUCCACUAAAGACUCAGCAAUAGGAUUAUUCAUAAUUAAACAAAAAUAUUUUGCACUAAGAGAAGCAUCAGGUUAUUUGGAUUGAAUAUUGCCCACCUAACAAGUAAAGCUGGUUCAUUUUUCUUAUCAGAUUUCACGUGAAUAUGUUUAUGUGAAUCCGUAGUCGGAGCCUUUAGCUGAUCCUGCUUUCAUAUUGUCACCAAGAUAUUAGAAUAAAGGUUUCUUCUAUUUCGAAACUUAAUCUAGUCAAGUACUAGUUGUAAGUUAGCCAUAUGUAUCUUUUUUAUUUUCAGAAUCUGUUAGGAACUUUAAUUUGUGUUUGUUUCACUUUUUAAGGACUAUGGCAUCUAGUGAGGAAUAUCCUUCGCCAUCAGGGAAUCUACCACUUCAGUUGUCGGCUAAACGGAUUUCCAAAGCUCGUAAAUCUUGUUCCGGAGAUCACCAAAAUUGCAGUCCGGUUAGAAAAAAUCAUAUUGACGACCCGAACAGCAUUAUCGUCACUCCUUCCAUUGAUAGUCGAGAACUUGAUCGUCUAAAAUUCACUAACCCAGGUAGACAGAUGGAAGAACUAGAAGUCGGUUGGUCCGAAGCAAAUAUGACACGGAGUGUUCGCAGACAAAUGACCGUUAAAUCUGGUCACAAAUCAUCAGAUCGGUUGCAUCCGUUAUACGAUUCUCGUGGCCGCCUUUUAGGAACUUUAGAAUAUAGUUGUGAUUGUCUAAAAUCUGAAUGUCCUGGGUGCCAUUUGCCAUGUCGUAGGUGCCAUUCUACGUUUUGUGGAGCAUCAUGUCGAAUUUAUCGAACUUAUCGUGUUAAUGAAGUUAAACUGUUUAUCUGACUUCAUGAGUUCAAUCGUUUGUCGAUAUCCACCACUACAGUUUCUAACCAUCAUUUUUUCCAAAUAAAUUAUUAUUAUUAUUAUUCAAUGAGAGUCUUAUAUUUCUUCGUUUACUUAAAAUAUCGAUUAUCUCAGAAAAAACGCGUGUGUUUUCCGAAUAUGGCAUGAACAUUUUAAUUGUCUUCGCUCAAGCAUACUGCCAUUUCUUUAUCAUGAUUAUUAUUCAUACCCUUCAUUAAAGUUAUAAUGAAAAGUGUUUUGCAGGACAUAGUUCUCAGUGUGGACUGUUCAUCUUAUAACUGGUAACAAAUAUUGAUUGGAGGAAUGUUUGAUAACUGAAAGUACCACUAAAUUAUUUACAUUCUUUCUUCCAAAAUUAAUAGUUAUUUUGUAUGUUUCGUACGUUUAAUGCAGUCUUUUGAACUGGUUUCGAUUGUUUAACGUUCACUGGAUAAAAGUCGAUUUUUCGAACUACUUUAUGUCGUCAUGUAAGCUGUUUAUCUUGCUUAAUAAUAUCAUAUUCAAAGGAAAUUGAAAAUUUUUUCUCAGUGCUCGAAAUUUAAGAAGAAUUUUGAAAAAGAACUUAAUAUAAUUAUGUGCGUUGUUAAUUAUGUUGUUCAGAUUUCGACUUGAAAAGUUCAUGAAAUCAUCACCAACCUAUACGACUGUAUAUAUACAUAA